GCGGAGCCGAGCGGAGCCGAGCCAGCCAGUAGCGCCGCGCCGGGCCUCCGCCACGCCGGGGCAGCCCCCGCCCUCCGCCGCCCGCUCGCCCCAGCCCCGCGGAGCCCCAGCCGUCGCCGCUGCCGCCUUCUCUUUGCUGCUGCGGCUCUCGUCCGCGCGGCACCAUGUCGGUGGAGCUGGAAGAAGCCGAUCUGCCGCUCACCGAGGCGGAGGAGGUGCCGCUCGCCCCGGAGAAGAAAGCGGCCUCUAAGAAGGCGAAAGGCGGCGGCGGCUCUUCUCUGUCGCCUUCGAAGAAGAAAAAGAACAACAAAAAGAAGAACCAGCCGGGUAAAUACAGCCAGCUGGUGGUGGAGACUAUCCGCAAGCUGGGCGAACGCAAUGGCUCCUCGCUGGCCAAGAUCUACAACGAGGCCAAGAAGGUGGCCUGGUUCGACCAGCAGAACGGCAGGACCUACCUGAAAUACUCAAUCAAGGCGCUGGUGCAGAACGACACGCUGCUCCAGGUCAAGGGCACCGGCGCCAACGGCUCCUUCAAGCUCAACAGGAAGAAGCUGGAAGGCGGCGGCGACGGGGGCGCGGGCAGCAGCUCCCACAAGUCCCACAAGAAGGCGACGGCCUCCACGUCUCGGCGGGCGGAGAAGAAGCCCGCGUCCAAGAGCAAGAAGCCCGAGAAGAAAUCCCACAAGAAAGGCGCCAGCAGCGCGGCGGCCAAGAAGGACAAGGGCAAAGCCAAGAAGGCCACCAAGAAGGCAGCCGCGUCCCCGGGGGGCAAGAAGGUCAAGAAGUCCGCAAAGCCCAAGGCACUCAAGAGCAGGAAGGCAUGAGAGCGGGGCGCAGGGAGCCCCGCCGCCGCGGCGGGGGAGCGGGGGCCCCCGGCCUCGCUGCCCGCCGCCCAGGACUGUGAGCCCCACGGCACAGACUGCUCUGAGGACAGACCCCGGGGACCCGCUUUGUCUUUGUGUUGCUGACUCGGCUCCGCAGCCGCCGCCGUGCGCAGUGAGCGGGGCUGCGGCUGCCCCAGCCUCCCCCUCCUCCCCUCCCCGCCGCCUUACCUUCCCCCUCCGCGCGCUCCUCCUCCCCCCCGCGCCCCCGCGCCGCUCCCUUUUGUUUUCGGCCGUGCCCUCCCCCCCCUUCGUAGACGGUUCUAACUGCUCCCCCUCCCCGGCGCCCCGAUAUUUUACAGGGUUUUUUUUUUCCCGCCUUGUCUCCAUGGCAGCCAUUUUGUGAGCGCCCACGCGCCCCCGGCCGGGCGCGCGCCACGUGGGCCGCGCUCGCGCCGCCCGCGCGCGGAUCGGGCCCCUUCCCCCCCCCCCCCCCCCCCCAUUGUUACUGCUGCCUGCGCUGAGGAUUUUCGAACGGCGACGGCGCCCCCUAUUGGCUCCCGGCCCCCGCCGCCAUGGCAACGGCCCGUUGGGCGCCAAUUGGCUGCGGCGGCGUCCGGGCCGCUGAGCGGGGGCCGGCGCCGGCGGGCGGCGCCUGCUGCCCCCUGGCGCCCGCGCGGCCUCCGCCGGCCCGGGCGCGCCCGCGGCGCCCCGCAGCCCCUGCAACCGCGUAUUCAGGUCGCAUCUUCAAUGGCCUUUAUUUUUUUUUUCUUUUUUUUUGUCGUUUAUGGGAUUUUUUUGAGGGUUUUGUCUUUUUUCUUUCGGUUGUUUCAAAUAAAUUGUUUGAAAACUUUUGA